GUUUGGCUCAGAAGAAGGCGGCCCCGACAGAGGCCCUGUCGAUGACUGGACAGCCGGGCCCCGGCCACGGGAAGAAGUUGGGUCAUCGAGGCGUGGACGCAUCCGGCGAAACUACCUACAAGAAGACCACCUCGUCCACCCUGAAAGGCGCCAUUCAGCUGGGCAUCGGCUACACUGUGGGCAACCUGAGCUCCAAGCCCGAGCGGGACGUGCUCAUGCAGGACUUCUACGUGGUGGAGAGCAUCUUCUUCCCCAGCGAAGGCAGCAACCUCACCCCUGCCCACCACUUCCAGGACUUCCGGUUCAAGACCUAUGCACCUGUCGCCUUUCGCUACUUCCGGGAACUGUUUGGGAUCCGGCCGGAUGAUUACCUGUACUCCCUGUGCAACGAGCCCCUGAUCGAGCUCUCUAACCCGGGCGCCAGCGGCUCCCUCUUCUACGUCACCAGCGACGACGAGUUCAUCAUCAAGACCGUGAUGCACAAGGAGGCCGAGUUCCUGCAGAAGCUGCUCCCCGGCUACUACAUGAACCUCAACCAGAACCCGCGAACGCUGCUGCCCAAGUUCUAUGGGCUGUACUGCGUGCAGUCGGGCGGCAAGAACAUCCGCGUGGUGGUGAUGAACAACGUGCUGCCGCGCGUCGUCAAGAUGCACCUCAAAUUCGACCUCAAGGGCUCCACCUACAAGCGGCGCGCCAGCAAGAAAGAGAAGGAGAAGAGCAUCCCCACCUACAAGGACCUGGACUUCAUGCAGGACAUGCCCGAGGGGCUCCUGCUGGACGCCGACACCUUCAGCGCGCUGGUCAAGACGCUGCAGCGGGACUGCCUGGUGCUGGAGAGCUUCAAGAUCAUGGACUACAGCCUGCUGCUGGGGGUGCACAACCUUGACCAACAGGAGCGCGAGCGCCAGGCCCAGGGCGCCCAGAGCACCUCGGACGAGAAGCGGCCCGUGGGCCAGAAGGCGCUGUACUCCACGGCCAUGGAGUCCAUCCAGGGCGGGGCCGCGCGCGGGGAGGCCAUCGAGUCCGACGACACGAUGGGCGGGAUCCCCGCGGUGAACGGGCGCGGGGAGCGGCUGCUGCUGCACAUCGGCAUCAUCGACAUCCUGCAGUCCUACAGGUUCAUCAAGAAGCUGGAACACACCUGGAAGGCUCUCGUGCACGACGGGGACACGGUCUCUGUCCACCGCCCCAGCUUCUACGCCGAGCGCUUUUUCAAGUUCAUGAGCAACACCGUCUUUCGGAAGAACUCCUCCCUGAAGUCGUCUCCGUCCAAGAAGGGACGCGGGGCCCUGCUGGCUGUCAAGCCCCUCGGGCCCACGGCUGCCUUCUCCGCCAGCCAGAUCCCCAGUGAACGGGAGGAUGCACAGUAUGACCUGCGGGGGGCCCGCAGCUACCCCACACUGGAGGACGAAGGCCGACCCGACCUCCUGCCCUGCACGCCGCCUUCUUUUGAAGAAGCCACUACGGCCUCCAUCGCCACGACGCUGUCAUCCACUUCCCUCUCCAUCCCCGAGCGCUCCCCCUCGGAGACGUCAGAGCAGCCCCGGUACAGGCGGCGCACGCAGUCGUCCGGACAGGAUGGCAGGCCCCAGGAGGAGCCGCACGGGGAAGACCUGCAGCAGGUGACGGUGCAGGUGGAGCCCACGUGCAGCGUGGAGAUCGUGGUCCCCAAGGAGGAAGACGCGGGGGUGGAGGCGUCCUUGGCCGGUGCCUCUGCUGCUGUCGAAGCGGAAACCGCCAGCCAGGCCUCGGAACCCGCCAGCCAGGCCUCAGAUGAGGAGGACGCACCUGCCACCGACAUCUACUUUUUCACGGAUGGGAGGUACUGGAUUUACUCUCCCCGCCAUCGCCGACUGCGGGCCGUGACGCCGAGCUCCUCGGGCACUCCCACUGACGAGAGGAGCUGGGUGUACUCCCCGCUCCACUAUAGCGCACAGGCCCAGCCGGCCUCCGACGGCGAGAGCGACACAUAAUUUCUAUGCAGUCCCCACCCAGAACCCAGCGCCCGCCACCGCCCUGGCUGCUCCCUGGAGGCGCUGCCCGCCCAGCUGCGGCCCAGAGCUGGGGAGACCCCAAAGGACCUCGCCCGCCCACCCGGGCCCGACUUCGUCCUCCCCUGACGGAUGCCACCGGCCGAGCCCCUCCGCCCCGACAGCUCCAGCCACCAAGCCUCUCGGGCCCUGGCACCCCGUCAGCUGCCUGCACCUGCGAGACUGGGACCUUCCCAAGCGUCAAAUCACGUAUUUAUUUUGGGUCCUUGCUCUUUGCACAGAGACA